GUCUCAAAAGGAAAUGUCAAAACUGAUUACAAAACCAAAACAUAAGCUGCAUGGGCCGACGGAUAGUUGAAAUUUUCACGUAAAAUUGUGAUUUUAAUCAUAAAAUAAUUGUCUUAAUCAAGUUUAAUUCAUCAUACUUCAAUACAAUGUCGUUCAUAAAUGUAAGCAGUAAGCUGAUGGGCACCAUUCCGCGUUUCCUCCUUUCCGCAAACCACAACCGGCAAGUGCAUCGCUGGGUGGGACCAACACUACGGGAACUGAAACACCGCCGGGAGAAGAUGGGACCGGAAGCGGAACUACCCCGUUCGUCCCACAGCGAUUGGAACUACAAGGCGGAGAUUUUCGCCUUUGGGAAACGGCUUUCGGAACAAUUUGAUACGGCUGUCCUGCAGCAGGCAUUCACUCACCGGUCGUUCAUUGCACAGGAGGAACAAAGACAGGUUGAUGUCGGGAUAGAGAAACCGGAAUUGGGGCUUAAGGACAAUAGGGAGCUGGUUCAGCUGGGGGAACGUUUGAUUGAAGAGUAUGUGGAAGCAUUUGUUCUGACAGCGCUUCCAAGGCUACCGAACGAAGGAAUUCGGUCCAUUGUCAGCGGACUGACGUCCCAAGAAAAGCUGGCCAAUGUGUCCAAGCAUCUGGGAACGAAGGAUAUAAUCCUAGCGGCUGAAUUCCCGGUAACGGACUCCCUCCUAGCCGACACCUUUUGCGCCGUGGUCGGUGCCCUCCAGAAAUCGUCCGGAGAUGAACGCGCCUUUCUCUUCGUAAGGGAUUUCGUUUGUACGCAGCUGAGCCAGCAGGAUGUAAACGAUUAUUGGACCAUCGAAAGCCCGCUGGAUCUGCUCCGGGAGUACUGCAAGGAGAAGAAACUGGGCGAACCGGAACCCCGUUCGAUUGGGCUGGUUGGGAAGAAUACGUUGCUGGCGGCACAUCGGGUAGGAAUCUAUUGCAAUAAGCAGUUUGUGGGUUCCGGAUAUGGUGAGGACAUCGACACGGCUAUUGACGAAGCGGCGCGGGACUGCCUGAGACAAUUGUUCGGAACCGAGCUGAACAUGAAACCGAUCGAUUUCGGUUUGCAGCUGGCGGAUGUGGCGAAAAACAUGAAACGGCGGGCAGAUAAGCGAAAUAAUUGAAUUGGAAUUAGAUUGUGUUACUGUGUGAUAGUAUAAUAAAAUUGCUUGAAAAAACUA